GUUUUAUUUUAUAUGCUUAGGUAUAGUGGGCCUGUGACGUCACACCGGCCUUAUCCAGAAUCACUCGCAUUAUUUUGAUUAAACGAACGAACUCAAACAGUAGCGCUAUACAGAGCGAUGGCGCCGGACAUAGUUAAAAACAAUUCAAUUUGUGUUUUAAAUAUUGUGCAGCAAAGUUAUUUUUAGAUUGAUAGUGUCUGUGUCUGUGUAUGAAGUGAAAUGUGAGUUUAGUGUUUAUUAUUUUAUAAAUAGAACGCUUUUAGAUCGUUAAAUCGGACGGCAAAUGCCAAUGUUACAAAAAUUCGCAUGCCGAUUGGAGGUCAUCUUGUCACGAUGAAAGUUGAUCCAUCGUACAAAUACUACGUGAUCCAGUUUCGGCAAUCGCCUUUCCAAAACAUCGAUGACUUCGUCUGCGUGCCUACUACAUGGAUAGACGAUAGAGGGUCCAAAGGGAUCUUUGCUGCCUACCCCUCAGAGAGAUUGCCAACGACUAGAAGUAUUGUGAAAUCCAGACAGGAUUAUGAUAAGGAAUGGAAAUUUUAUUUAUGCACACCUAAAUAUGGGACAAACUGUCCGUGGGAUGCUGAGAAUAUCAUACGCGUAGAGAGUAGCAAGAAGCUGAAAGCACUCUUAGACACUCAACAAGUACUCCCUCCGAAGCAGAGUAGACAUCAAGAAAACAAACCCAAGAGCAAAGCAAAGAUGAACACUCGAGAUGAAUUAACACAGUCCCUCAAACGCAAGGUAUCAAUAGAUUGCGGUAGAAAUAGAAAAGCCGCUAGAAUUGAAUCAACUCCUGGUGUACCUGAACCUAUAAGUAACGUUUCCAACUCAGAAAAGAAUUCAAAAUUAUGUAAGGAUUUGGCAGUUAUGAUAUCCAGAUUACCAGAAUUACUUAUCACUAAGUCUAAAAUAGUAGAUCUAACUAAUAAUGAAGAACAAAACCCUUCUAAAACUUCUUACGUCGAAAAACUGCAUUCACAUCACCCAGAAACAAGCAUUUCAAGUGCAAAUAAAGGUAAAAAAUCUCCAGAAAAAGAUCAUGGAGCUACGAGUUCCAGUUCAAGUUCUUUAAUGCAAAUUCUACAAGAAACACCUGAUUCUGUAAAUAAUAGAAGAAAUAGUACGUCAUCUAGGCCUUCCAGUCAAUCUGGUCAGCUUACAAUGAAUGCAACCAAAAGUCUAGUUAGUACUACAAGCCUAAUUAAUAAACCGACUAAUACAGUAAGUGCAGAUAGCAAUUCAAGUACAAAGAAAAUUGAUGCCAAUCGUCCUUUACAAAAUAAUAAUUAUAAUAAUCCACCAGCUAAGGCUACACGACGAAGAAAUUCGGUGAGAAAGUCUACUGAAUUAGAUACACUAGAUAAUAUUCAAAUAUUCUCCAAUAUUACACCUGAAGGAAAACGUCUUUUACAAGAAUUUAUUGCAUCUGGCGGCCUAAAAGGUAUCGAUCACGAACUGUUGCAAAGUUGUUUAAAAAAUAUACAGGAUAGUGCGCAAGCAAUGCAAAUUCCUCCAGCCGCUAUGCAGGCUGCACAACGUACUCCACCGGUAAUGCAAUCUGCGGAAGUUGCUCCACAAGUUAUGCUAGCUGCACAACGUACUCCACCGGUUAUGCAAUCUGCUGAAGUUGUUAUGCAAGCUGCGCAACGUACUUCACCGAUUGUUCAAUCUGCGCAAGUUGCCCCAUAUGCUAUGCAUGCUGCACAACGCACUCCACCGGUUAUGCAGUCUGCGCAAGGUGGUCAAUAUGCUAUAGAGGCUGCACAACGCACUCCAGCGGUCAUGCAAGCAGUGCAAGCUGCUCAACACUCUAAGCAGCCUGCACAACGUACUCCACCGGUUAUGCAGUCUGCGCAAGUUGCUCCACAUGCAAUGAAGGCUGCACAACGCACUCCACCGGUUAUGCAAGCACCGCAAGUUGCUCCACACCCUAUGCAGGCUGCACAACGUACUACACCGGUUAUGCAAUGUGCGCAAGUUGGUCCACACGUUAUGCAAGCUGCACAGGCUACCCUACACGCUAAGCAAGGUCCGAAAGCUACUCCACAACCUAUGCAAGCCGCGCAAGCUUCUCUGCCAGCUACACAAACUGCACAAGUUACUCUUCAAGCUAUGCAAGCUGCGCAAGUUGCUCUUAAACAAGCGCAAACAAUAAAUAAUUCUCCCAGAGUUCCGUAUCCAAUAACAGCAGAUACGCCCAUUUUGUACCAAGAUCCCCAUGAACGACAAAUAACAACUGAAAGAUCUACCGUAACGAAGAUUAUAGAUCCAACUUAUUCACAAAGCAGGGCCCACAAUGUAUCUAAUAUCCAAAAUAUAUCUAACCUCCAAUAUUUAUCUUACAAUAAUCAGGUUAUUGGAGAGUCUCAACAUAGGCAGACUGAGCAACAAGUAGCAGCGAAUGGAAAGUAUGCUAAUCAAAUCAGAUCCUCUGGCUGUCCAACCAGGAGGAGGGUAGCGGAUAGAUCCUAUACUACAUGCUGUCCGCAGAUGCCAGAAAAUGUUGUGCCUUCGAACGUCCACAUGCCUGAUUUACAGAAGCAACAUUAUGCUGGUUACACAGUUCCUUUGCCUAAUACAUCCAAAACGAGUGGACCUAAAAACCAAAUGCCAUGUAACAUUCAAAUGCCUCCUGUACCGCAACAAAGUUUUGCUUCACACCCUAUACCACCAGUUCCUAUACCAUCCAAAGUUGAUCAGACAUCGAAAUUGAUUCAUACAAUGCCAAAUAUACCAACAUCGAAUCACCCGCACUCAUAUGAGUAUUCAUAUCACGAUCGCCAUAAUUACUCGCACGAAGGAUAUAAUUACUCGCUUCCUGACACGCAAGUACAACCAAAUUUAAUGUAUAGAAGUGGAACAGGACACAAACACCCGAGUUUAGGAGUUCCCACACAAAGGCUGCAUACGUAUCCUCCAAAUGCGGCAAACCAAUUAAGACAGUUGCACAGUGCACAUGUAAACAAGACAGUAAUACCACAAGCAUGUUCAAACUAUCCUCAUCAAGUGCCAGAAGUACAAGAAAAUAUUACGGCGAGUCCGAGAAGCAAUGAUAUGUUAAAUCAGAUCCCUCACAGAAAUGACAUGUCGCACGAUAUACCAACUGCAGUACAACAAAUCUCAAACCCCACAGGAAAUUCUAAUGAUAAAACUAAUUCAACAAAUAUUUUAAAUAACAGUAACAUGGAAGAGAAAAUUUUUAACACCAGCACUAAUAUUGAGAAUGUUGGAGAAAAUGCAUUAUCUGCCGUCAAAAACCCUAAUACCAACACGAAGAAGUCACCAUGUGUUGCUGUUGAAAAACGACCUGUAUGCAACGAAACCAAAGAUAACGCUGUUCCCGAAGAAAUUGAAAGAAGCAGUAGCACUGAUAUAGUAAAAAUAAAUCAAACUCAUAAUGAGGCUGAAGAUAUAUUAAUUGAGCUAACAAACAAAAUUAAUAAUGUACUAUCACCAACAUUUCGAACGCAAGUCGAAGUUAAUUUAAUAAAACACUUCGGUAAAGUCUUUCAAAUAAUGUCUGAUAAAUUUGGCGAAAUUCUUGAAGUUCUAAAUCGUGACCAAAAAGUGAUAAUGAAGAAAAAAGAAAUGCUUGACAAAGCUCUAACAUCAAUCGCUUCUUAUUUAGAAUUGCAAAAUGAAAAUUCCGAAAUUAAAUUAGCACCGAAACAUUCAGCAUCCCAAAAAGUAAAAAAGAAAAAGAAGAAGAAAAAAGGAAAAAUAAAGGAUGUUGACGACGACGAGGACGACGAAGACGACGAGAACGACAAGGACGAUGACGAUAGUUUAUAUGAUGGUGAUAGGCAUGAUAAUAAUGACGGUGAUAGUUCUGAUGAUGAUGAUGGCAAUAACAAUAAAGGUAAUAUUAGGAGUAAUUCAAGCAACAAUAAUAAACUACAUGGUAAAAAAAGUUCAACUCCCAGCAAUGAUAAUAAGCGCUCUGGAGAUAAAACUACUAAAAUCAAAGAUGACAAGAAGACUGUUGAUAGCGAUGGUGAUAAAUUAUCAAUAAUCCAUUCUAACAAUCUUAAUGAAGAAAUGAAGAGGCGAGGCAAGAAGUAUUCAUUUGUGUUACCGCGAGAAUAUUCACCGACAAAUUCAAGAUGGACGUUGAUACAUCAAAGUGCUGAUCAGGUUACCAUAGAACUUUUGCCUAAAAGUCGUAUUUACGUAAAUGCUAUAAAAUUGGCGAACUGUAAAAGGAUUUCGAGUAGUUAUAAGGAAUUUGCGAGGAUGUUGCUGACGUUAAUUUUUACUCGAAGUGCAUUGAGUGUGUGUUCAUGGACCGGGGCCAGGGCUAACGCUUUUGCGGUUGACGAAAAUGAUGUUAGACCAGGUUUAGACGAGCAUGCAAGACAGGUGAUGUUAAAUUACGUUGAAAGAAUGGGACGCAAAAAGAAAUGGGGAAUGUAUGACGAACAAAGCGUUGUUAAUUCUCUUCGCGCAAAAAUUCAGGAUAUAAGGAAGUUAUUUCAUAAGAACCUUAUGAUCAACAAAAAAAUAAGAAUUAGACGACAAUGAUAAAAUGUAAGGAACGCAAUAACUUAGUUUGUAUGUUGCACUCAUGUCUGAAUUAAGGCUUAUUUAGAUUAGUUUUGGAUGCAUUUAUAUUGUGAUUUUAUUUUUAAGUUUAUUUUUGUAAAAUAUCGUAAUACAAUAUUUGAUUUUGCU